AUGACUGGUCCAAGGACACUGUUUCGCCACAUCUUCAAGGAUCGCGCCGUGGAUAUCGAUCAGAUGUGGAUAUGCGACCAGGCAAACAAGUCAUUUCCUCACCCUUUCUACUCCUUAGGAACCUGGAGCUACGCCAAUGCGUUGGAGUGUGAUAACACGGAUGGGUCCGCGACACGUACUCACUGCAAUAUACCAGACAAGAAGACCACUUCGUUCAGCGGCGAAUACACCACACCAUACUGGAAUACGAAAAUUCCAGAGAUAAUUUCUCCGGGACCAGUUCCUGCGAAUGCAAGUGACUCGCCGCCGUGGAACGAAACGCCGUGCAUCGGUCUUUCGUUCAGCUACCCCAACUGGGAUGUUGAUGUAUUAACAUACAGCAGCGAGCAUGUCGAGUUCUCGCUGCGGAAUCACGCCAAUAACCAGUCUAGUAGAUGCUCAUUUGAACGCCGUGAUUCGAGCUCAGAACAUUGGGUGACAUGCGAUAAUUCCACACAGGCACUAUUUAAUGAGCAGACACAACAACUCCGUGUCAACCAGACAUGGCAGUGUAGCAUAAAGAACUACGCAGAGCCGAUAACUUUUAAUGCGUUUGGUAACGCGACUCUGAAACUGAACUGCCAGCAAGCCGGCUCGUGCAGUGCAGCCCACACAGUCAUCAAAGGAUCCCUGACCGAGCCUAUCGAGUUCACUCCCAACGUGGCGCCGAAGGGAGUCAACUAUCCAGGCUGUCUGCAGAAUUCUGAAUCGCCCUCGUGGGAAGUCACUUAUCUCCUCUGGCGCGAGACUUUCCGGAAUAAUCGCAAUGUGGGAACCGUAGAUGCCGUCUUCAAGAACAAUGCCAAUGGGGUCACAAUAUCCUGCUCCGGGCAAGGCGAAGAGCUGAACAUCAUCGGGAGCGAAGAUCAUGAAAGGUGGUGGGGGUGUGAUUUGAUCGAGCGAGAGGCUUUCCCAAAGUACCAGAUUGCUUCGAAGAUCAAACUGAACCCUGUGACGCGCCAGUUUGCGAUCAGCCAGCCGUGGUGGUGCAAUGCCGACAGGGAUGCAUCUCCUGCCAAGUUCAUCGGCGAGGGUCGCAUCGACGUGCCAUUCUCCUGCGCCUGGACUAACAGCUCAUCAUCGACAAGCCCGGGUUCGGACACCACAUGUCCGAUCUCCAACUCGACGGGAUGGAAUUGCACACAGACCUGCACAAUCGGGAGCACGCUUCACAUGCCCGGGUUCAUAACCAACAAGACCAAUUUAUCCUCCACGGAGUUCGUAGAGCCGGCGCCUAGCGGCUACAGCUGCACCAUCGGAUCCGUUCUCUCUCCCAAGUGGCGCAUCCCAUGGUCGACCUUGACCCCGUUCUGGGGAAGCCCCUUGUUUCCCAACACGACCGAGACGCUCGUGUCCUUCAACCUGCAGAAUAUGGUGCUCGGCGGCUUCGCGGCAGCCGCGCACUCGGACGUGGGCAUGACGCCGCUGCUGUCCGGGAGCGACCCUGACCGCUGGUUCGACUGCGUCGACAACGUGGGCAAGAGUGUCCCCACGGUUCUGGAUUGCCAGUGGCAGUUUGAUCUCAAGACGGGGUACUUUGCCAUCCGGCAGAGCUGGUACUGCGAUGACAAGGACCCGGAGCACCCCAUUGUGUUCAAGGGGGAGGGGAGUAGAUUCUUCUCUUACACCUGCUAUGUCGACCGACAGUCCAGGGACAUUACCUGUCAGACUCCGGAUUCGACGCCAAUAUUGCCGACGACGUACGAGUGGGACACAUCGGGUGACUUAGACGGAUUGAUGAAGUGA